CAACAAACCUGACGAUUUGGACGUUUUUUCAUCGUCCUAAUGUGACUUCGUAGUGCAACUAUUAGUCGACAUCGCGGCGGCAGCUGUCUGCAUGUUGUUCGGGCGUUUUUGUCGACUUUUUAUCCGUCAACUCCGCUCGUAAAAAACAUAAUUCCGCAUAAAAUGAUUCUAGUUUUACAACAUACAAUUCGUAUUUAUUCUCGGUUGUAUGCAAAUGAAUUCAUCGUGACAUCAAAUCUCAUCAAAAUCAUUCCGCUCCUUGCCGUCCACUAGAAGGUUCUAAGCGUCUGCAUGUUCUUGUGGCGCUCAGGAUGAGCCGGCCAGCGGACGAGCAGGACACUGUUGACCGGGAGGACUUUUUUGACUGUCGCGAGACUUUGGAGCUUCCCGAGCGAGGAGACGAGGAGCGACGGCGCGUGAAGACGGACGCCAAACACGAGCCGGAGCCGGCGGAGCCGCUUGAGGAUGCGCCCGUCGGAGAAGUGGAGGAGGACGACGACGACCAGCCGGAGGAAGAGGAAGAGAAAUUGUCGCAGGAGGAGAAGGAGAGCCGACGACUGCGCAGUCUCGCCUUGAAGGAGGAAGGCAAUUGUCACUUUAAAAAUGGAGAUUGGUCUGUGGCGGAGCAAAGCUACACGCAAGCGCUGCGUUUGUGUCCGCGCGGUUUCGGCCAAGAGCGAGCCGUGUUGUUCUCCAACAGAGCGGCCGCCAGACUGCACUUGGAGCGCAAGGACGACGGGAUAGCGGACUGCUCCAGAGCGUUGGAGCUGAAUCCCGACUACGUGAAGGCGUUGCUGAGGAGGGCGGAGCUCUACGAGCAGACGGAACAGCUGGAAAAGGCGCUGGACGACUACCAGAAGGCCCUGGAGCGAGACCCCGAGCAGACGGGAGCCAGGCAGGCCUGCGUGAGGUUACCUCAGCAAAUCCACGAGAAGAACGAGAAGCUGAAGGAGGAAAUGUUAGGUAAACUGAAGGAGCUGGGCAACAUGGUCCUGAGACCGUUCGGCAUGUCCACCAGCAACUUCCAGGUCAACCGGGACGCCGACACGGGCUCCUACUCCAUCAACUUUGUCAACAAGCCCAACAACACGUGACCGCGCCGCGCUGUUCUUUCACAAUAAAACUUUCCUGUUGCACCCCAA